AUGCUUCAUUACCGCACCGAAGGCUUCAAUGGGUCUGCCGUUAAAUACUCCCCUUUCUUCGACAAUCGACUCGGUGUCAGCGCAUCGGCAAAUUUUGGGCUGGUUGGAAACGGUCGUCUAUACAUCCUUGAAUUAACUCCAAACGGCGUUGUGCCUGCAAAAUUUUACACCACACAAGACGCCCUAUAUGACCUAGCCUGGUCCGAAGUUCACGAAAACCAAGUCCUUGUAGCCUCCGGAGACGGAAGCAUCAAAUUAUUCGACAGCUCCGUAAACGAUUUCCCUGUACAAGCAUGGAAAGAACACAACCGAGAAGUCUUCUCCGUACAUUGGAACCUCGUGGCCAAGGAGAACUUCUGUUCAAGUAGUUGGGAUGGCACGGUCAAAGUAUGGUCACCACAAAGACCACAAUCCCUUCUUACCCUACCGACGCAUAGUUGCACGUACUCGGCCGCAUUUUCCCCUCAUUCCCCGGAUAUUUUGUCAUGUGUGACUUCGGAUUCACAUAUUCGCAUCUUUGAUCUUCGCACUCCUGCCUCCGCUUCGAAUCAUUUAACCAUGCAAAUUCCGAUACACGGCGGUCCCGUACCUAAUCAAGUCGGCAUGCCGCCACAAGGUGCUGGCGCUGCUGCUCCUCCAUCCGAAUGCCUAACACACGACUGGAAUAAAUAUCGCUCUUCUGUUAUCGCUACCGCCGGUGUGGAUCGUGUAGUUCGCACAUUCGAUAUUCGAGCACCACAACAUGGUCCCAUGGCCGUUAUGCCGGGUCACGGCUAUGCAGUCCGCAAAUUAGCAUGGUCUCCUCAUCUUUCCAGUCUUCUUCUCACAGCUAGCUACGAUAUGACGUGCAGAGUAUGGAAUGAUCGUGGAGAUGCACAGGCGGAUGUGGACCCUAUGCGUAUGGGACCUACAGGUCCUAUUCUAGGUGAAGAGUUGGGCUGUAUGAGUCAACAUACGGAGUUUGUGACUGGUGUGGAUUGGUGCUUGUUUGGUGCCGAAGGUUGGUGUGCUACAGUCGGUUGGGAUGAAAGUUUAUACGUUUGGGAUGUCAGGGCUAUUAUGAAGCAAUAG